CUCUCCGCACGCUGACGUUUGCCGCACGCCGGCCGGCCCCAUGGAGGAACCCCAGGGCAACACACUGGUCGUCCGCAUAGGCAUCCCUGACCUACAGCAAACGUUUCGCUAUAAGAGGCGAGUGUACACGGAGACUCACCUGGAUGAAAAGCAGCUGUCGAAACUUCACACAAAGGCUAACUUGAAGAAGUUUAUGGAAUAUGUGCAGCUAAGAAAUGUUGAGAAGGUAUCAAAGUUUCUGGAGAAAGGACUCGACCCAAACUUCCACGACCCAGAGACUGGAGAAUGCCCAUUGACCAUGGCGGCGCAGCUCGAAGGUUGUGCCGAGCUCAUCAAAGUUCUGAAGAAUGGAGGAGCACAUCUGGACUUCAGGACCAGAGAUGGCAUCACUGCUCUUCACAAAUCAGUCCGCACCAAGAACCACACGGCACUUAUUACGCUGUUGGACCUGGGCGCCUCUCCGGACUACAAGGACAGUCGUGGUCUGACUCCUCUGUAUCACAGCUCUAUGGUGGGUGGCGACCCGUACUGCUGCGAGCUGCUGCUGCAUGAUCACGCUCAGGUGGGCUGCAUGGAUGAGAACGGCUGGCAGGAGAUACACCAGGCCUGUCGUCAUGGACACGUGCAGCAUCUGGAACACCUGCUGUUCUACGGAGCGGACAUGAGCGCUCAAAACGCUUCUGGAAACACUGCCCUGCACGUGUGUGCUCUCUAUAACCAGGAUAGCUGUACGAGAGUUUUGCUGUUCAGAGGGGCGAAUAAAGAGAUCAAGAACUACAACAGCCAAACUGCCUUCCAGGUGGCUAUUAUAGCUGGAAACUUUGACCUGGCAGAAAUUAUAAAGACUCACAAAGCAUCAGAUGUUGUGCCUUUCAGGGAAACGCCUUCCUACACAAAUCGCCGGCGCACGACUGGAGGUGAGACUCUGACAUCAUCACGCUCGCUGCCUCGCUCUGCUUCCGACAACAACCUGAACAACGUGGGUGACAUUGGCCACGCCCACUCCCCCGUACCGUCUCUGAGGAGCCUGCCCCCUCUGGCGCACUCUGGGGUCGAGGCGGCGGCCGACGGCAGCCUGCAGAGCACAGGCAGCUCCCUUUCCUCACACUCCCGCUCGCCCUCGCUCCAGCGCGUCAGCGAAGAGUCCGGCUCGCACGCUUUACGGCGACACACGCCGCUCACGCACUCCCACAGCCGCGGACGCCUCAGCCCAGGGACAGUCCAACGGGACCCCAGCCCUCCUCCUGCAGGGCCCUCGCACACACUCUCAGGAGCCCGGGGCCCCAAACGGAAACUCUACAGCGCCGUGCCAGGACGUACCUUCAUCGUGGUCAAGCCGUACACACCGCAAGGGGAGGGAGAGAUACAGCUGAACCGUGGAGAGAGAGUCAAAGUGUUGAGUAUAGGUGAAGGGGGCUUCUGGGAGGGCACAGUGAAAGGGAGAACUGGCUGGUUUCCUGCAGACUGUGUGGAGGAGGUACAGAUGAGACAGUUUGACCCUCGACUGGAGACGAGAGAGGAUCGAACCAAAAGGCUGUUCAGACACUACACUGUGGGCUCCUAUGACAACUUUACCUCAUACAGUGAUUACAUCAUCGAGGAGAAGAACGCUGCACUACAGAAGAAAGACAAUGAGGGAUUUGGCUUCGUCUUACGAGGAGCGAAAGCGGAGACGCCGAUUGAAGAGUUUACACCCACACCUGCCUUUCCCGCUCUGCAGUAUCUGGAGUCUGUGGACGUAGAGGGCGUGGCCUGGAGGGCGGGGCUAAGGACUGGCGACUUCCUUAUUGAGGUAAACGGAGUAAAUGUGGUAAAGGUGGGACACAAGCAGGUUGUGUCACUCAUCCGGCAUGGAGGAAACAGCCUCCUGAUGAAGGUGGUGUCGGUCACACGCAAGCCAGAGUCUGAGGAGUCGGUCAGGAAGAAGGCUCCCCCUCCUCCGAAGAGAGCGCCCAGCACCACCCUCACACUGAGGUCUAAGAGCAUGACCGCUGAGCUUGAGGAGCUGGCCUCUGCCAGGAGGAGAAGAGGAGAAAGGCUAGAUGAGAUUUUGGCCUCUCAGGAGUCAGUACUGAGACCAAAGUUGCAGGCAGACUACAGAGUAGCCACAGUGAAGCAACGUCCUACCAGCCGCCGGAUUUCACCAGCAGAAAUUAGUACUCUAUUUGAGCGGCAAGGUCUGGCUCUUCAUGGUGCUCUUCACCCAGCAUUAGAAAAAGCCCACAUGCAGCUGCCAAAAAGCAUGGCCAGAACCAAAUCUUUUGGAGCGACUGAAGAGGAUCGACUGUCUGCCCUUGCAGCGGAGCACAGGUUUCCGCGGAGCUCCUCCAUGACAGACACACUGAGAGAUAGUCAUAAUAUUCCUCCACCUCCCCAAACUGCUCCCCCACCUCCCCCGUCGUUUUACUAUCUCGAUACGGUCCCUCCUCCAUCCUUCUGCCCGCCACCUCCACCUGGCCGAGUUCACGACCCCAGCCGGUCCAGUUUUAAGCCAGACUCCGAGCCCAGACUGCAUGCCUUGCCGCAGACCAUGUCUGCGGAGCUGUUUGAGCCUCCUCGUCAUGCCGCCCACAUGGAGCGGCAGAAGAAAGCUCGCUCCAUGAUUAUCCUUCAGGACUCCACCCACCUCCCUGUGGAGCCAACGGACAUCCCGCGGCCAGGUCCCAUAUCGACUCCACCCGAAAGGAUCAAGCGGAAAGGUAGAGUCAUUGAUAACCCCUAUGCCAAUGUGGGCCAGUUCAGCGUGGGUCUGUUCACGCCAACUCCAAGCAAGCCACAGCGAAGGAAGAGCCCGCUUGUAAAGCAACUGCAGGUGGAAGAUGCUCAGGAGAGAGCCUCGCUAGCACUGGCAUCCUUCCAUGCCAGAGAACACUCUCCCUCUGGGCGUCUAGCAGCACACCACACCAGCAGGGCUGAUUUCUACCAGCAGCAGCAGCAGCUGUUGAAGGUGCGCAGUCAAGCUCAGGCUGAGGGAUUGUUUCAAGGUAAAGGACCCUUUGCUGCCGCCAUUGCUGAUGCUGUGAAGGACCGCGAACGUCGUCUGGAGGAGAGGCGGAAAUCCACAGUCUUCCUAUCAGUGGGCACCAUGGAGGGCAGUUCAGCUCCUCCCCCUGAGGCCCCCUUACUCACUCCAUCACGGUCUGUUGACGAACGAUUGCUCACCCGUGAGCUUGGCCAGUUGCCACCUCCUGCCUUGGCAUUGCGUCCCUCCCCUGGGGGCACCACAUUUAUUCACCCACUGACAGGCAAGCCCCUGGACCCCAACUCUCCACUGGCACUUGCGCUGGCCGCAAGGGAACGGGCAUUAACUUCCCAGAGUCAGUCUCCUUCCAGCAGCCCUGAGCCCAAAAUUAAGCAAGAAGCUGCUGGAGGGGUGCUCUACAUGGUUACCCAGACCAAAGAGACUGAGCGCUCAGAGGGCGAGGGGGGCUUCACCUCGCCCCCCUUUUCCCCUGGAAUGAAAAAGAUUUAUGAAACCUCCACCCCCACCAGCAAGAUUCAGUGGGGAAGCCCCAUAUCCACCAGAAAAGUGUUGGAGACAAGGACAGAAAGGAAAGAGGACAGGAAAAUUGAGGACAAGAAGAGUAUGAUCAUAAGCAUCAUGGACACGUCUCAGCAGAAAACUGCUGGGCUUAUCAUGGUCCAUGCCACGAGUAAUGGUCAGGCCGUGGGGGCUAGCCCAGAGCAUAGUGCCCCAUCUCCUAAAGCGGCAUUGUCAGAGAGCCCAAGACCUAUGUUGGCUGAAAUAAAGCGUGCUAAGUCCCCUGGUCCUGAUGCACCUUCAAUAUCCACCCCACCUCCAACUUCAACUACAACCACCCAGCCACCUCCCUACCCUUCCUCAAAAACCCUGACUCAGGGUAGUUCUGAGGAGGACAUGGAACCCUACACAGUCACCUUACCACCUGCCAUGCUCUCUUCCAGUGAUGAGGAGACACGAGAGGAGCUCCGCAAAAUCGGCGUGGUUCCUCCACCGGAUGAAUUUGCCAAUGGCCUUCUUGCAAAGGCACUUGAAAAGGCAGUACCUCCUGCUCCAUCGUUGACGCAGACGACCCCUUUUGUCACGGCCCCGCCUACUCCCCCUGCCCCUCCAGCGGCAGCUGCCACAGCAGCACAGGUCCCUGCUAGCAGUGGCCUGCAAGCAGCCUCAGGGAAGCCGUCUGAGUCCCACUUGGGCCCAGAGUCUGCUGCUGACUCUGGGGUGGAAGAGGUCGAUACUCGUAGCUCCAGCGAUCACCACCUGGAGACAACAAGCACCAUCUCCACUGUCUCCAGUAUGUCCACACUGUCCUCGGAGAGCGGCGAGCCUAUGGACACCUACACCACCCACGCAGAUGGCCAGACGUUCAUUCUUGAUAAGCCGCCAGUGCCUCCAAAGCCAAAGCUCAAGUCCCAGCUCAGCAAGGGCCCGGUGACGUUCAGGGACCCUCUACUCAAGCAGUCCUCUGAUAGUGAACUGCUCUCACAGCAGCACGCGGCCGUUCUGGCGGCUGCUGCGGGAGCCUCAGGCCCGGCCAGACCCCGCUACCUCUUCCAGAGACGCUCAAAGUUGUGGGGGGACCCCGUGGAACCCCGUCCGCUUGCAGGGGCAGAGGAAGGCAAGCCCACUGUGAUCAGCGAGCUCAGCUCACGGCUGCAGCAGCUCAACAAGGACACUCACUCGCUUGGUGAAGAGCCGCUUGGAGCUUCACUCGACCCUGGAAGGAAAUCACCCGUGGUCGGUGCAAGACUCUUCAGCAGUUUAGGGGAGCUCCAUACCAUCUCUCAGCGAAGCUAUGGCACCACCUACACCAUCCGACCUGGCAGCCGCUACCCAGUGACCCGUCGAACACCCAGCCCUGGUUCCCCGGACCGUUCGGACCCUCUGGGACCCAUCCGGGGCUUCGGCCUGGCCACAUCCCCCACCACACCCCCCACCAUCCUCAAGUCGUCCAGCCUCAGUCUCCCUCACGAACCAAAGGAGGUGCGAUUCGUCAUGAGGAGCUCCAGCGCGCGGAGUCGCUCUCCCUCGCCCGCCCCCUCCCUGGGCCCCCUUCUAGCCCUACGGCCGUUCCACCAGAAACCCCUCCACCUUUGGAACAAGUACGACGUAGGCGACUGGCUGGCCAGCAUAAACCUGGCCGAGCACCGCGAGCGGUUUCAGGAACAUGAGAUUGAAGGUUCCCACCUGCCCGCUUUGACCAAGGAGGAUUUCGCCGAGCUGGGCGUGACGCGUGUUGGUCACCGCAUGAACAUUGAGCGUGCUCUUAAACAGCUGCUGGAGAGUUGACCCUUCACCUCACUCUGUCUGUAGCUAAACACUGGAUUUUUAUUUAUUUAUUUUUCAUUUUUGUGACUUUUCUUUCUUAUUUAUUUGAAGUUGUAUUAUUCUUAAAGGGAUAGUUCAUACAAAAAUGAACAUUCUAUCGUCAUUUAUUUAUGCCGUUCCAAACAUGACUUUCUAUUUCUGGAACACAAAAGCAGAAAUUGUGAAGAAUUAAAGGAAUAUUUCAGGUUUAAUACAAGUGAAGCUCAUACGACAGUAUUUGUGGCAUAAUAUUGAUAAUCACCAAAAUGUAUUUUGUCUCGUCCCUCCUUUUUUUUUAAAAAAAAGCAAAAAGCGAAGUUACAUUGAGGCACUUAUAAUGGAAGUGGAUGGGGCCAUUUUUGGGGGGGUUUAAAGUCAGAAAUGUGAAGUUUAUAAUUUUUUAAAAGCCCUUACAUUAACUCUUCUUUUAAAACUUGUGUAUAACUUGAGCUGUAAAGUUGCUUAAAUAAUUUUUUGUUUUUUUUACAGUUGUUAUUUUACGGCUUAUGGCUUCAUGGCAACAAAUUUGCAUAAUUGGAUAUAACUUUACACAGAAAAGUGAUUUUAUCACACUAAAAUCAUGUUUACACAUAUUGUUGAUGUAUUGAUGAGUAUUUUAACGAAACUAUUUUAAUGAGUUUUUUUUUUUUUGGAGGGGCAAGUGAAAAUUAAUUUUGUGGUAAUCAACAUUAUGCUGAAAAUGCUGUCGAAACAUCUUAACUUGUGUUGAACCCGGAAUAUUCCUUUAACAAUUCCGUGUGUGUUCCAUGGAAGAAAAAACGAAGUGUGAAUGUAUGACAGAAAUAAAGCUUUUGGGCGAACUACCCCUUUAAAAAAAAAACACCCUUUUCAUUGGUGGAGUGGGCGUUGGUUCCAUGCUAUUUUUGUAGCACUCUCCUAAGCCCCACCUCACUGCCAGCAGCCAAUCACAAGGGUGUUGUGUGUUUGGGAGGGGCUGUGAAUUGCACGAUCACCUUGGCUUUAUUCACACUGGACAUAAAUCUGAUUUGUUUUUCCAAAUCUGGGCCUGUAUUCACAAAAAAUCAUAAGGCUAAAAGUAGCUUUUAACGCGGAAAUUUAGGAGCAACUCCUUAAAAUGUAUGGCGUGUCACUCCUAAUUUUACGACUUGUAAAAUUUUCAUCCAAGAGUUAUUCAUGAAGCAUUUUAACGCUAAAAGUAGCUCCUAAACCCACGACGGCUUAGAAGUCGUCCUGAGGACAUCUAACUCCUUAAGAGUGACUCACAAAUGCUCCGAAGCAUCUGCUGUCGUCAAUCCUCAUUAAAAACUACAUAUUAGAAUAUUAUUAUGACAUUGACCCUUUAAAAAGGUAUCGCCUGAAUCACAGUUGAGUCGAUGUAUUUUAAUAAUAAAAUAUUAUAAUGCAUGAAUCGCGAGGGUGUUUUCAUUGUGGUAAACUUAGUUAGAGAUGCGGUUACCUCUCCCACAAACCGACACAACCAAAUUACACCGGAGAUACAUGUCUUGAGAACUCUGCACUCCCUGCCCACAUCAAAAUAAAACUGUGUAGCACGGAUGAAUUGGGAAUAUCUGUCAUCCGUCAGCAGAACAAUCGAUUAAACUAUAAAUGCUCUCUCCAGACCGCAUAGCAUCAGACAAUUCAUAGUGUAUCUUUUUCUGUGGAUGCACGCUCGAUGCAGAGAAAAAAGGGGGCAUUAAUGGGGAUUCACGGAAAUGGCAGGGUUUUGAUGAUGUUGACGAGAUGCAUGCUCGUGUCAUUACAUCAACUCGGGAUGAAGAGUAGGGUCUGGGUAGCUCAGCGAGUAUUGACAGUGACUAUCACCCCUGGAGUCACGAGUUUGAAUCCAGGGCGUGCUGAGUGACUCCAGCCAGGUCGCCUAAGCAACCAAAUUGGCCCGGUUGCUAGGGAGGGUAGAGUCACAUGGGGUAACCUCCUCGUGGUCAUGAUUAGUGGUUCUCGCUCUCAAUGGGGCGUGUGGGGAUUUGUGCGUGGAUCGUGGAGGGUAGCAUGAGCCUCCACAUGCUGUGAGUCUCCGCGGUGUCAUGCACAACAAGUCACGUGAUAAGAUGCGCGGAUUGGCGGUCUCGGAAGUGAAGGCAACUGAGACAUGUCCUCCGCCACCUGGAUUGAGGCGAGUAAACGCACCGCUAUGAGGACCUACUAAGUAGUGGGAAUUGGGCAUUCCAAAUUAGGAGAAAAGGGGAUCAAAAUUAGGGAAAAAUAAAACAACGACUCCAUCUAUCGCUCGCUAUUUGUCAGCUAAGACAGAUAUCAUUGUCUAUCUUAGCUAAAACUCCUAGCUAUGAACUCUUUGGAGAACCCCUAGUGGUCAGAUAAUAAUCUUUGUGAAUACAGGCGCUGAUCUUUAGGACGGAUCUUUAGAAGUGAUGAAACCAGAUCUUCUGUUUGUUUGUUUCGACAGUGAAAACUAGUGCUAAAAUGUAAAUGUGUAUUUAUUGAUUAAUUUUGAUUGAAUUGGCCCUUCAUAUGCAAAUUGCUAAAAAUCUGAUUUGAAAAUUAGAUUUCAAGCCACCAACAAAUGUGGUUUGGAUCAGAUUUCAGAUAGUUUUUUUUUUUUUUGCUGUUAGACUACAAACCAUUAAACAGAUUUGAGUGGUAAUUUUUGCUGCCAGUCUGAAUAAUGUCAAUGUAGGACAUGCUACUUUAUUAUUAAGCUUCAUUAGCAUGAUAAAUGCCCACGAACCACUUAAUUCUCCUUCCAUCCAGUUUUUCUCCUUUGCUAUCUGUUAGUGUCAUUCAUCCAGAAAAACGAGGGAUGCUGUUGAGAAAAGGAAGUUCUGUUGCCUUUCAGAGUAUUUUUUUAGGAAGUGGAUGAGCAGAGUGGGUGUGGCUGGAUCCUCUCUGUCUGCUGCCCCCUUCUGGCUGAGGGACGUACUACACCUGGAGAAUGUUUAACCAACACUAGUGGCUUUUUCAUAAUCAGACUCUUCCUUUGGGUUUCCAAAGGAAAUAUGACAUUAAAUAAAAUAUCUCAAUGUAUUUAAAUAGCUUUGAAAAUAGAGAGAGACUCUAACAAGAGGGAAACAGCUGCGAAAACCGCACCUGUCUCUCUUCCUAGAUGAUUUAUUCCACCAAUAAUUCACUCAUUUUUACCAAUUAUAUACAUAUAUAUAUAUUUGACAGAAAAAGUAUAUAGAUAUAUGAAUAUAACAUUUUGUCAUAAAUAUAAAUCUUAUAUAUGAUAUAUACAUAAAACACAAAAAAACACUCUUGAAAAUGAUUUUCUGGUGGUUAUCCUUUUAUGACGGAGAGAAG